AUUUUCCACUUUCUUUUUUCCCUCCUCUAUUGCUUAACUAACGCACUUUGGCCUAAUUAACAAUUCCCAUAAAUCAUCCUCCACUUCUUUUCAAGAAUCAUACAUUGAUAGAGAAAAAAAAAAAACCAAUCUUUCUUGAACUUGGUUUCAAGAAAGUUCAAGUAAAAGAUGUAUUCAACUGUCUUUUACACUUCAGUUCAUCCCUCCAUUUCAAGAAAGCAGUUGCCUUUACUAAUUUCCAAAGACUUUCCUGCAGAGUUGUGUAAUUAUUUACCUUGCAAGAACUUAGAAAAUGGACAUAUCAAGAAGGGUAAAGUAAUAAAAGCAACAAUAGCUGAAGCUCCAGUUACUCCUACAGAGAAAAGUGGCUAUGGGGUUAACGGUAAGGUACCACAGAAGAAGCUGAAAGUACUUGUGGCAGGUGGUGGGAUUGGAGGGUUAGUUUUUGCACUGGCUGCAAAGAAAAAGGGGUUUGAGGUAUUGGUGUUUGAGAGAGAUUUAAGUGCUAUUAGAGGGGAAGGGCAAUAUAGAGGUCCAAUUCAGAUACAGAGCAAUGCAUUGGCUGCUUUGGAAGCAAUUGAUAUGGAUGUUGCUGAAGACAUCAUGAAUGCUGGCUGCAUCACUGGUCAAAGGAUUAAUGGCUUGGUUGAUGGUAUUUCUGGCAACUGGUAUUGCAAGUUUGAUACGUUUACUCCAGCAGUGGAACGUGGACUUCCUGUGACAAGAGUCAUCAGCCGCAUGACUUUGCAGCAGAUCCUUGCAUGUGCUGUCGGGGAGGAUAUUAUUAUGAAUGAAAGUAAUGUAGUAGACUUUGAGGAUGAAGGGGACAAGGUUACUGUGACUCUUGAGAAUGGACAGCAAUAUACAGGUGAUCUUCUGGUUGGUGCUGAUGGCAUAAGGUCGAAGGUACGGACUAAUUUGUUCGGACCUAGUGAAGCUACAUACUCUGGCUACACUUGUUACACUGGAAUUGCAGAUUUUGUUCCUGCUGAUAUUGAGACAGUUGGGUACCGAGUCUUUUUGGGCCACAAACAGUACUUCGUUUCUUCAGAUGUGGGUGCGGGCAAGAUGCAGUGGUAUGCAUUUUACAAUGAACCAGCUGGCGGUGUGGAUAGUCCAAAUGGUAAAAAGGAAAGAUUGCUUAAAAUAUUUGGGGGGUGGUGCGACAAUGUUAUAGACUUAUUGGUUGCCACAGAUGAAGAUGCAAUUCUUCGACGUGACAUCUAUGAUAGACCACCAACUCUUAAUUGGGGAAGAGGUCGUGUUACAUUGCUUGGUGACUCUGUCCAUGCUAUGCAGCCCAAUUUGGGUCAAGGGGGAUGCAUGGCCAUAGAGGAUAGCUAUCAAUUAGCACUAGAACUUGACAAAGCAUGGAGCCGAAGUGCCGAGGCAGGAAGCCCUGUGGAUAUUAUCUCUUCUUUAAGGAGCUAUGAAAGUGCUAGAAAACUUCGAGUUGGAGUUAUCCAUGGACUGGCUAGAAUGGCUGCAAUCAUGGCGUCAACUUACAAGGCUUAUCUUGGUGUCGGACUUGGUCCAUUAUCAUUUUUGACCAAGUAUAGGAUACCACAUCCUGGAAGAGUUGGUGGCAGAGUAUUUAUUGACUUGGGAAUGCCUCUAAUGUUAAGCUGGGUUCUAGGAGGCAACGGCGACAAGCUUGAAGGCAGAAUACAGCAUUGCAGGCUAUCUGAGAAAGCAAACGACCAAUUGAGAAAGUGGUUUGAAGAUGAUGAUGCUUUAGAGCGUGCUACUACUGAUGCAGAGUGGUUACUGUUACCUGCGGGGAAUGGCAACGCUGCUUUACAACCUAUUGUUUUAAGCAGAGAUGAGGGUAUCCCUUGCACUAUUGGGUCUGUCUCGCAUACAAACAUUCCCGGAAAAUCAAUAGUUGUCCCUUUGCCACAGGUGUCUCAAAUUCACGCCCGGAUAUCAUGCAAAGACGGAGCUUUUUUUGUAACUGAUUUACAAAGUGAACAUGGUACAUGGGUUACAGAUAAUGAAGGCAGAAAAUACCGGGUGUCUCCAAACUUUCCUACACGUUUUCAUCCAUCAGAUGUUAUCGAAUUUGGUUCUGAUAAGGCUGCAUUUCGUGUAAAGGUAAUGAAGGUUCCUCCAAAAACUGCUGGAAGGACGGAAGAGCGCAAAGCAGUGGGGGCAGCUUGAGAAUUAUAAAAGCUUGACCUGAUAUAAACGGGAAAUUGUACAGCAUUUUAUAGCAACAGCAGAAACUGAGCAAUUUAAGCCCAGCUAAUUGUAUACUGUAGGUUCAGAAGAUUGAUAAGCAAACACCAUGCAAGAAAAUACAGAGAUUAUAUGUUUCUCUAAAGAAUUCUGGAGAAAUUCAUGGUCAUUGUUUCUCUCUACCAUUGCUAAAAAUAUACUUCGCUAUGUGUAUAUAUAUAUUUAUAAGCCUGUGUCCUACUUCAUAAGUUUCUUUUAUAUAUUUUCUUAUGAGUCUUCAAUUCAAA